CUUCCGGCGGGCGGGCGGGCGCGCUUCCGGCUUCAUGGCGACCUGAGCCGGGCGGCGCGCGGCGGGCCCCUCCCUGCGAGCGGCUGGAGGCGGCGGCGAUGUGACCCGCGGGCGGCCUGCUGCCGGGCGUCGCGUCAGCUCCGUGUCGCCCUCGGUCCGCGCGGAUGGCGGCGUCCGGCUGCGCGUGGGGCGCCGAGCCUCCGCGGUUCCUGGAGGCCUUCGGGCGGCUGUGGCAGGUGCAGAGCCGCCUGGGCAGCGGGUCGUCGGCGUCGGUGUACCGGGUGCGCUGCUGCGGCACCCCAGGCUCGCCCCCCGGCGCGCUCAAGCAGUUCCUGCCGCCCGGCGCCUCCGGGGCCGCCGCCUCGGCCGCCGAGUACGGCUUCCGCAAGGAGCGCGCGGCGCUGGAGCAGCUGCAGGGCCACCGCAACAUCGUCACGUUGUAUGGAGUCUUUACAAUCCAUUUCUCUCCAAACGUGCCAUCUCGCUGCCUGCUGCUUGAGCUCCUGGACGUCAGCGUUUCAGAAUUGCUCUUGUACUCCAGUCAGCAGGGCUGCUCCCUGUGGAUGAUACAGCACUGUGCCCGCGACGUGCUGGAGGCCCUCGCUUUCCUUCAUCGGGAGGGUUAUGUCCAUGCAGACCUCAAACCGCGUAACAUACUGUGGAGUGCAGAGAACGAAUGUUUUAAACUCAUUGACUUUGGACUUAGCUUCAAAGAAGGCAAUCAAGAUGUGAAGUAUAUUCAGACGGACGGGUAUCGGGCUCCAGAAGCGGAACUUCAGAAUUGCAUGGCCCAGGCUGGCCUGCAGAGCGACACAGAGUGCACCUCGGCCGUUGACCUGUGGAGCCUCGGCAUCAUUUUACUGGAAAUGUUCUCAGGCGUGAAACUGAAACACACCAUCAGGUCUCAGGAGUGGAAGGCAAACAGUUCUGCUAUCGUCGAUCACAUAUUUGCCAGGAAAGCAGUGGUGAAUGCUGCAAUCCCAGCCUAUCACCUGAGAGACCUUAUCAAAAGCAUGCUGCACGAGGACCCGGGCCAGAGGGCGCCUGCUGACGUGGCUCUGUGCAGCCCCUUCUUCAGCAUUCCCUUUGCCCCUCACAUCGAAGACCUGGUGAUGCUCCCCACCCCGGUGCUGAGGCUGCUCAAUGUGCUGGACGGUGACUACCUCGAGAGCGAGGAGGGGUACGAAGAUGCUGUGGAGGACGUGCGGGAGGAGUGCCAGAAGUACGGGCCGGUGGUGUCGCUGCUGGUUCCCAAGGAGAGCCCCGGCCGGGGACAGGUCUUCGUCGAGUACGCGAACGCUGGGGACUCCAAAGCCGCUCAGAAGCUGCUGACGGGAAGGAGGUUCGAUGGGAAGUUCGUCGUGGCUACGUUCUACCCGCUGAGUGCCUACAAGAGGGGGUACCUGUACCAAACCUUGCUUUAAUCAGCAACCUUGGGGGAUGCCUGUGUCUCCUCUUCCCCUCCCUGGGUCAUUAUAUUCCACCCAAAUGCAGGAGCACCCCUUCCCAUGGGGAGGGGACACCUUGUACAUUUGUUUCACCUGCUCAUGGGCGGCUGUUGCUCAAGCACUGACUGCACUGCAGACACGGGCCCCGCGCAGGACGGGCCUCUCCCCAUCCCAGGAGGGGCCCUGCUGCGUGCAGCCCGACACUCACUACUGCAUGUGAUCCUGAGUCAGGAGGGACGGGCCUCUCCCCAUCCCAGGAGGGGCCCUGCUGCGUGCAGCCCGACACUCACUACUGCAUGUGGUCCUGAGUCAGGAGGGACGGGCCGUGCCCGGGGAGCACGGACACGCCGUUGGAGAGGUGACGUCUCCUGCACAGCACUCCUGAGUCGUCCACGUCCUUGGCGGCGCUGGGAGCGCCGUGACGUUACCUCCUUGUCCACACUGAGUUACCAUCGGUCCAGAAGUCCUGUAGCGCGAAUAUUCCUUUAAGGAGCCUGCAGUGAGCCUGGCUACAGGCUUUUAAAUUAAGGCUUUUAAGCUGGAAAGCUGAGGCUUGAUGUUGCACAACCUGACGUCUGGCGUGUGCUCGCGUGAGUGCAAGUGGGAGAGUGAGAGAAAACCUGGGUUGGUCCUUUUCCUGUGAGUCCUGUGAGCUGAUCCCGUCCACACCAACCCAUUCCCUACACGUCAUACCUGUAACGUUCAGGAUGUCAGCUUUUUUGAGAGUUGGCCUGUCUGAUAGAAGGUAAAUGAGAAACAUUCCUGGGAGGCUCAGAACAAGUGAGUCUAGUUUGGGUUCCAUUGAAAUCUCUUAAUUUAAUGGUUGGAUCAGAAGGGAAGUUCUGCCUCGAGCGGCUGCCUCAUUCCAUCUGCGUUAGACCCGGGUGAGCCCAUCUCUGCUGAAUCUCGUGAUCACUGCCAGCUCCCUCAGAGUGUUCUCCCUGCACGGCGGGAAAGUGCAGUGGUCAGAAAGAAAAAACUCCAUGUUCAGUGAAAGGAGAAGAAGAAACAGCAGGCACAGGGUGGGUGACGGGCCGUCUGUCCUGCUGCUCCUCAUUCCCUGCUCCCUCCUUCCCUGGUGUAGUCAGAGCCGCGCCCACGGGGUCUGGUCUGGGAGUCAGGAGAGGGAAGAAAGGGGAGGCUGCCCAGGUGGGGUUGGGAACGAAGGACAACUGCACUGAGAUCGGGGACACGGGGUCACGGGCUUCCUGUCACUAGAUUGUCUUUAAGGAUUUAAACUUAGGAAACCUUAUAAAGCACUGAUUAUACAAAUAGUA